AUGUACUUCUCCUACAAGACUAUUGCCGUCAUGGCUUCUUUAAUGACCUUGGGCCUCGCCGCCGACCCUCUGUCUUUCACUUCCUGGCCCAAGGAUCCCCUCGAAGCUGGAAAGCCUGUGACUCUAACAUGGACUGGUGCCGCUGAAGAUAAACCUGUGAUCAUCCUCCUCCGCCAAGGAAGCUCAGGUAACUUGAAGGACAUGAAGGCCAUCACCGAUCAGGGCAAGGACGGUUCCUUCACCUGGACCCCUGAUAGCGACAUCAAAGAAGGACAAACCUAUGCAUUCCAAAUCACACAGGGUGACCAGACCAACUACACUGCCCUCUUGAAAUCAGGUGGCAAGCCAAUGGUCGACGAGCCUAAAGAGAAUGAGACCAUCCCGAGCACUGGCACCACUACUGGUGGCACCACCACUACUGCCGGCACGACUACUGCUGGCACAACUACUGCCGACACGACUACUACUGGUACAACUACUGCUGGCACAACUACUGCUGACACAACUACUGGCACUGAUACUACCCCUCCUCCCAACACCCAGACGACCGAACAAAGUACCCAAACGACCCCAACACCGCCAACCACCCUGACCAGUACCGGUAGCAAGGCUCUGAUCGGUUCCUCUGCACCUCCAUCCGGCAGCCCUUCUGGCAGCCCAUCUCGUUCGGCCAGUGCCACCUCCACAGAGACCUCAGGGCCUACCGGAACUGAAAUCAUCAACCACAAGGAGGCAUCAGCUACCGACGGUGCGCAGAGUGGUGCGGUUUCGACAGCCACAUACUCUGUGCAAUUAGUGAUGGGUGUCGUUGGUCUGUUGGCCUAUCUUGUGUAG